AUGGUGCACUACCCCUCACAGAGAGUGAACACCGAUUGCGUUGGGCCUGAAGGUGAAAGUGUGCACCUGUUUUUCCAUCGAGAUUUUGUUCAGUCUCAAAGGGUGUCUUCCACCACCUUCAUGCUUUCAGUAAGCAGGUUGAGCCGUGCAUUGCGAAAAGAAAGGGUGAUGAGAUGCAAUGCCUGCAUAACUGCCAUUAGCUUCUUAUUUCACCUUCAAGCUACACAUCACCAAAUUUCUCGGCACCCAUGCAGACAAGGGGGAAAUAAACACGAAAAGGCAAAUGAAAUGCCGGAGAAUUAA